AUCUCCCUCUACCUCACCAUUUUCAGAAUAAAACACUUCUCAAACUCUUAUCAUCUUCACUACUCUGACCGUCUUUCCUCCUUUCCCACUAUACGUCCCUCUCAACUCAGGUCUCUCUUUGCAUUUUCUGUCACUAUCCAAGCAAGUUACAGAAGGCUCCUCUUUCAACCAGUCAUUCUGCGUGUAACAUUCUACAUUUUUAGCUUUUUUAUCAUAAGAUUUUCAUGCUUUUAAUGUAUGUGGCACUAAUAUGUUCUAUCAAAAUCUCAUUUAAUAAGUGUCUGAAAAUUAUCCCACCUUUUUGUCCUUUUUCAUAGCUUCAUCGAAAGCUGACAUCCUGCUGUUCUGGAGCUCAAUUCUGAUCUAACAUGCCAACUUUUGAUUUGAACCUUUGGAUUAUCCUUGAAAGGUCUGAAAUCUAGGCUUUGUCUUCCAGACUAAUCAAAUUCCUUUGCUCUGUUCCUCCGGCUCUGUCCAUUGACACAGAAAAGCGCUUGCAAUUGACGUCCUUCUGGGGUAUAAUAUGCCAGCCAAUCUUCUUGGAAGCUUUUGAAUUUACCCUAUUCCUUUAUUACUUUGACGCUUUUAUGUGAUGCUGAUACUCUGUUCUGCUUCAAUCGGAUGUUCAUUUAAAGGUCUGAAAAUUAUCCUCCCUUUCUGUCCUCUUCCUUCUUUCAGCUCACUCUCCGUGGCUUCUGCGGCGCAAUUCAGAUCGUAUUGUGUCAGCCAGGCCAUUUAUGAAGCUUCUAAAUUUCCUGUCUUGUUCUUUAGACCAGUCAAACACUUCUUCCUUUUUCCUACAGUCUUCUUCACAGCCACACAAAGUGUCAAUCAUUGAAGUCCUUUUCAAUCACAAUAUACCAACCAAUCUGUUUUGAAGCUUGUAAAUUUGCUCUGGAAGUUUGGAACUCUGAGCGUUGUUCUUUACACCAAUUAAAACCCUCAUCCUUUUUCAUUCAGUCAUUCUCGCAAACAAAAAAGGUGCAAUGCAACACCCGACGUUAUUUCAAUUCACGAAAAGCCAUGGAUUUCCGGAACAAGAACAGCUCAAGUGUCCACGUUGUGAUUCCACGAACACCAAGUUCUGCUACUACAACAAUUACAACCUCUCGCAACCACGCCAUUUCUGCAAGAGUUGCAGAAGGUACUGGACCAAAGGAGGCACUCUCCGCAACAUCCCCGUUGGAGGUGGAAGCCGGAAGAACACAAAGCGAUCAUCCACCGGCGCCAAACGAUUAUCCGCAACGCCAUCUUCAUCAUCAUCUUCUCCGUCAGUUUUGUCGGCCAUAGGAGGCGCAGACCCGACCCGUGUUUAUACCGACUCGAUGGGUGGGAAUUUCAGUUCACUUCUGACAUCAUCAUUUUCUGGGCAUCAAGGAAGUGUUCUGGAGGGUCUGAAUCCAAAUGGAUCGGGUCUGAAAAUGGCGGAAGCGGGUGAAUUUGGGGUGAAAGUGAGUUCAGUUGAGCGGGUUGUAGAUCCGGGUUCGGAGAUGCAGAGAAAUGGCGAUGCAGAGAGGUUUCUGGGUUCGCAAAAUGCAGAUUCGAGCUAUUGGAAUAACGGCAACGAGCGGUCUUAUCUUGCAAUGUAUACAUCAGGCUCAGGCUUCCAGUAGAAUCAGACAAGAACAAAUUUUUCUUCUGCUCAACCCAGCAGCUUCCUCAUUAGUCGGAUUCUGAUCUUGAUACUUCAACUCUGGUGAAGUUAGUAAUCAUAAUUCAGACGUUUCUUUCUGAUAAUAUCAGCAUGUGUAUACUUCGAUGGAGAAGAAAUAGAUGGUGCUGGGGUGAAUAGUGAAUGCAAAGUGAGGGAGGAUCUGAUUAUGAAAAUUGCUAUUGUUUUGCAUGUAAUUUGUAGUACAUUUAACUAGACGUGGAUUUUGUGUAUUUAAUUUUAAAUUUAAUAUAAAUUAUAUUAUUAUAACUUUUGAGUAAUGC